AGAAAUUUUAUGGGCUGCUACACUAAUAUCAAUAUAUAAUUCCAUAUAUUAUGUUUAUACCCCUUUGAGCCCUUGGCUUGAUCAUUAUAAAGCCGCAUUAUUGCCCAUGAUAGCACAUAGAAGUAGUUUGAACUACUAUUUAUUGUGGGUGAUAUAAACCCCUCCCCCCUUUAAUCUUUUUGGAUAUCUAUAUAGUUGGAUAUCUCUCCCUUUCCUGCAUAUGUCUCUGUAUAGGAGGAUUUAUCUACCAAUGCAGGCCAGAUUCCAGAUAAUGCAGGAGCUGGCUGAUUUAUCAACAUUAAUAUAUGCUGUGAAUACGUCAGCCUACACACUGCAUAUCUUAAACUCUCAUCUGUCUGUUCAUUGUGUAUAGUCUCCCUCUAUACUACAGUGCUUACCCCUUGCUUAGUCGUAGUGCGGCUUUGGAUGCUACGGUUCUCUGUUGCCCCUUCCCCAAAAUGGAAGAAAGGACGCCUGGUGAAAAUUUUUCUCACCACAACCCAACCUCUCUUCCAUUCCACUACAUGUUUCCCUCAUUUUCAUUCCUUAGACCUUCAUAUUGUAUGCCAUUCCUUCGUUUUGUUUUACUGUCUAUGCUCGCUGUGCUUUUGUCCUUCAUUUUUACACGUCAAUAUUACGCGAAAAGCCAUGGAAUCCAGGGAAUCCCUCGAUGCCGUGGUGGAAUUUCCACUAGACAUUGACUGUGCAUUGUCUGAAUUGUUUCAAAAUGACCCUGAAAAUGAACUGCAGGGCGAAUCCCCAACUGAGGCGGACAGUAGACGACGUUCGACGGAAUCCAAUGAUUCUGUGGCUCCCGUUAGCCAGGAUGGCUAUAGCUUCAAAAAAUGGAUGAGGAGUGUCCGUAAUAACGGAACUGAUGUACAGAUCCCUCGAAACUUUGUCCUAAACUGGCCGAACGGGAAUACGGAAGAGCAAAGCUAUAUCAAAUAUCCCGACAACGAACCAGAUUGCCCCCCAGAUGAGGGUUCUGACUGCUCGUCUGGCCUUAUAAACAACAUAGAAACUGCAAGCUUUAGUCAGGCAACAUUGAGUGUAGCUAACGGAGCACGUACAAACACGGUAACUAGUACCAUGUAUAGCACCAGCGUGUUCUCUAGUUCCGAAGCAGCAAGAGCGUCUCUUGAGAGCAACCGGUUGACUACCUCAGUCUCUCGCGAUGAGGCUGCUUGGAACCGUGCUGUCCAGAGACGUCAAAUUCUUCAAGAAUUGCUAGGCACUGAAGCCGUCUACGUGUCCGGAUUACGAGCCCUGGGAGAUGUAAGUGAUUUCACAAUACUCAUACUCUAUGUACUCUAGCUGAACAUGCCCGCCUACAGGUAGUAAUAGCCCCGAUAAAGACUCAGACUGGACUCGGACGAUGCGUGGGAACAUUGCUGAGGUUGCACAGCACAUUUCUAGACGCACUUCGAGCUGCCAUCCCACGUGUCCCCACCGCUGCCUUUGCAGCAUCUAUGAAAUGGAUGGCGAAAAAGAAAACGUCAAAAAAGUCUAGCACUGAUGUCCAUCGCAAAUCAGUGACCAGUCGGAGGAUGCGUGAAUCUGUCGAGCACCGGAUUAAGUCAUCCAGGAACAUUGCUGCUGAGCCUAGCGAAGUCCAGAGGGUAGCUGAAAUUUUGAUGUCAAAGGUAAGCUAGAUUUAAAAGAAUAAUUCCUGGGUUGCUAAACUUGUUUGGAACUAAUCCAUCAUUCAACUAGCUCCCAAAGUUCAAAGUUUACGAGGAAUAUGGCAUCAAGUACCCUUUGGUGUUGCAGGAAGUUGAGAAGCUCCGAAAAACCGUUGACUUUCAGGUCUGGGACAAUGGCACUGAAGCGCUCUCUCGAUCAUUGGCACCCAUAGAGUGCAAGGAGCUGAGCCCAAAUCAAGCACUUACCAUCGGUGACCUGCUUGCCAAGGUGAGAACAACUUCAAACCCAUAACUCACGAGAAUAGUCAGAUCUAACUAGCUCUGGUGAUAGCCAAUUCAAAGGGUGUGCAAGUACCAAUUGUUCCUAUCAGAUUUACUGAAAUGCACGCCAUCCUCAGAUUGCCCAGCAGCUCACGAAGCUCUUGAGAAGGUUCACCAAUGCAUGAUUGAUACAGUCCAGGAGAUCAAUCGAGCAACUGGGGACCCCGUAGCCAAGGAUCGCCUGGCAAAAACGUUACUCCUUCGUAACAAGCUUGACUUCACAGGUUUUGUAAGUUAAUCACCUACUUCCAUUUAACUACCAAACUAACAUUACCUUAGGGUAGAGAGAGGGAUAUUCUUCGUGAUUUUGGGCCUCUAAAAGCCUGCGGUGUUCUGCAUAUUACAUACGAGACCACGGAGUCGAUUGUAGGGGAGUAUAUGGCUUGCGCUCUCUUUGCUUCACAUAUCAUCCUAGCUGUUCCUCGAGCCGAAACUCGUAAAUUCGGCGUACUGGCCGUCAUCGCUACAACCCGGGCAAAGGUCGAGAAUGUCAAUGAGAAACCAGGUUUGCUCAUCCCGUGCUCCAAAACCUACCUAAAAAAGCACGAUGCUAAUCAUUGGCCUGAGCAGGUUUGCAAUGUACAAGAACACCUCAUUCCUGGAAACUGCUAUAUGUUGUCAGCGGCGAUACCUUUGAGCUCGUCAUGACCGCGUGCUCUCCAAAGGAGGCUGAUCAGUGGAAGGACCAGCUCCUGCUGAACAUGGCCCCGGAAAUCACGGUGGACACCCCUAGGAUUGGAACGAGAGUUAUGUUUCCAAUUAAAAGACGACCCGUGAUAACGAUCAACGAAGCUGGUAAUAUGGUUCAGCCCAUCUGCAGACUAGUUCGUAUCAAAGGGACAGAGGCCGCACCGCGACGAGAUCAAACCCCGAGCGUGUCACCGUC